AUGAAGAUCGCCAACCGCACCUUCAUCAUCUCAGGCGGCGCAUCCGGCCUUGGUCUCGCAACAGCCCGCGACCUUCACGCCCAUGGCGCCUACGUCGCUCUCCUCGACCUUAACAGCGACGCCGGUUCGGAAAUCGUAUCGGAGCUCGGAAACCACGCCAAAUUCUUCGAAGUUGAUGUCUCAGACACAGACGCAAUAGCGAAAGCGAUUGAAGGCACCGUGGCAUGGCUUAAAAAAACGGGAAAGCCAAUCGGCGGCGUAGUAGCCGGUGCAGGAGUCGGAAUGCCGGGUCUGAUAAUCGAUAAGAAGAAUGAGCCGCUGUCAAUAUCAAACAUUGACUUUGUGCUGAAUAUCAACCUAAGAGGGACUUUGGAUCUGAUCAGGCAAGCACUGCCGCACAUGACGACAGCGCAACCUGAUGGCCCGGACGGCGAACGCGGAGUGAUAAUCAUGGUGGCAAGUUCUGCAGCGUUCGACGGGCAGAUGGGACAGGUCGCGUAUGCAGCGAGUAAGGGUGCGGUGGCGAGCUUGACACUACCAUUAGCACGCGAUCUAUCGAAGCACGGCAUCCGUGCGGUGACAAUUGCGCCAGCAUUGUUUGAGUCCAAUAUGACCAAGUUGUUGUCGGGCAAGGUCAAGCAGAGCUUGGAGAAUGCGAUGGAAUUCCCAAAGAGGGCGGGACAGGCGCCGGAGUUUGCGAGGAUGGUGCGGGACUCGAUAGAGAACAGCAUGCUAAAUGGCACGGUUAUACGUUUAGACGGCGCUAUGAGGAUGCCGGCCAGGUUGUAG